GGCGCGAGUGUAGGAUGAGCUGCAGCGUCCGUUCGCGCGCACUGUAUGAACUUAUUGAGAAGGAUGCUGCCUCAGGCUCUGAAGAUGUCCGGCAGGAGUGCGUUUCCCCUGCUCAGGUGCAUGGACCGCUGGGCUGACGUCAUGCCCGUGCCUGCGUCACGGCAGGUGAAGACGCUCGAGCAGAUGCCCGGACCUUCAGUCGCGGGCUUCAUCUGGGAUCUGUUUUUUAGACGCGGACUGUCGCGGCUCCAUCAGCUGCAGCUGGAGGGCAGGAGAAAGUACGGGCCCAUGUGGAAAGCUAGCUUCGGGCCCAUUCUGACAGUCCAUGUGGCCGAACCGGAGCUGAUCGAGCAGGUGCUGAGACAGGAGGGCCAGCACCCUAUGCGCUCGGACCUCUCGUCCUGGAAGGAUUACCGCAAGCUCCGCGGAGAAGGAUACGGACUCCUGACUGCUGAAGGGGAGGAGUGGCAGAGCGUGCGCAGUCUGCUGGGGAAGCACAUGCUGCGGCCUAAAGCUGUGGAGGCGUAUGACAGCACACUCAACUCUGUCGUGACAGACCUUAUCCAAAAACUUAAGCUACGCACGCAACAGAACUCCAGCAGCCUCAUUACUGACAUCUCUGCUGAGUUCUACCGCUUCGGUCUGGAAGGGAUCUCCUCUGUGCUGUUUGAGUCCAGGAUCGGCUGUCUCGAUCCGGUCGUUCCUGUGGAGACGGAACGUUUCAUCCAGUCCAUCAACACAAUGUUUGUUAUGACGCUUCUCACUAUGGCUAUGCCUCAGUGGCUCCACCGGCUCCUUCCCAAACCCUGGGAGACGUUCUGCCGCUGUUGGGACUACAUGUUCCAGUUUGCUAAGGGCCACAUAGACCAGCGUCUUGUGGAGGAAAGAAAGAAGAUGGCACGAGGAGAGCGUUUAGAAGGACGAUACCUCACGUACUUCCUAUCUCAGACCGGAGUUCCUCUUAAAUCCGUGUACAGCAACGUGACCGAGCUGCUGCUCGCCGGCGUCGACACGAUCUCCUGCACGUUGUCGUGGUCGCUGUACGAACUCUCUCGGCAUCCUGACAUCCAAACCGCGCUGCGGGAUGAGGUUCUGUGCGUGAUGAAGGGCCGGAGCGUCCCAGAGGCGCAUGAUGUGGCUGCCAUGCCGCUCAUGAAGGCCGUGAUGAAGGAAAUCCUCAGGCUCUAUCCUGUAAUACCAGCCAACGCUAGAGUCAUCACAGACAAGGAUAUUACAGUUGGAGGAUAUCUGAUCCCUAGAAAUACUCUGAUCACUCUGUGCCACUAUGCCACAUCCCGCGACCCUAAACAGUUCAAUGAUCCGGAUGCAUUUAUCCCGCAGCGCUGGCUGAGCCGUUCCGAGGGCAGCCACCCGUACGCCUCUGUGCCAUUCGGAGUGGGCAAACGCAGCUGCAUCGGUCGGCGCAUCGCUGAACUGGAGGUCUACCUGGCACUUUCUAGGAUUUUAAUGCACUUCAAUGUGGAGCCGGCAGAAGACAGUGGUCCGGUCCUUCCGAUGACCAGAACUCUUCUUGUCCCGGAGAGACAGAUCAACCUUCGUUUCAUCGAGCGCUGAUAUGAAGGUCAGAGGUGACUGGGACACAAUGUGACAGAACUGGCCCUGUCUGACUAGAGAUCCAGAGAGCCAGGAGGACGCUGGAACGCCCAGCAGCAGGAAGGGAAGAAGGCGUGAACUGCUCUUCACUGCCUAUGACUCCCUCUGCAGCUUAUCUGAGUGGAUACCAGCUCAAAGACUUAGCAGAAACAUGUUUCUGACCCGUGAUUCAUUAUCCAUGUGACCUAACCAAGAAAAGAGAGGCAGUGUAAACAUAUAAGAGAAGCAGAAAAUGUCCGUUGCUGGAUGAAGUUGCACAGGACAUGCUGUAGAUCUUCAUGAAGAGCAGUUGGGGUCUUUCAUUUCACAGGAGAGAGACUAUGAAAGACCCUAUGAAAGCUGUGCAUUUAUAAAUGUUUGUUUGCAAAGGAAAUGAGAGAGCCCAUGGAAAAGAGCAGCUCAUGGAAAUUGAGAUUUGGUGCUACUGUAUCUGAAAUAUGUUGUUUUUGUUUUUGUUCAUAAAUGUAGCAAUAAGGACCAAUGCAGACCCGUCUCCUUUGGUCUUACUCCAUAUGUUCAUUUACACAUAUUUUAUAAGCCCAUAAAGUCAUUUUCUUUCACAUAUUGUUAAUUUAAGUGUGAAAUUCUGAACUGAUAUAAGAUCAGCCAUUUACUGUAUAUUUUGGAAUAAUAGCAGACUUGAAAUAACUGCUGAUAAAACUACUUGAAGUAUGAUUUCUAAUAAAUCACAAAAUAUUACUAUGUUGAAUAAUUAAAAAACCUUAAAGGUUA